AUGGCCUUCGCCUUCGCCGACACAGCUCAGCUCGAGGGGCUCGCCCUCCACUCGGCGACGACUACUACGACCUUCGCCCUCGCCGACACAGCUCGGCUCGAGGGGCUCACCCUUCACUUCGGCGACGACUACUACGGCCUUCACCCUCGCCGACACAGCUCGGGGCUCGUCGUCAAGUCCUUGGCGCCGCAGGUGGAGGUGCUCGGCCACAGGGCGACCGGUGCCUUCAUGACCCACUGCGGGUGGAACUCGACCCUAGAAGGGAUCAUGGCGGGGCUGCCGCUGCUGUGUUGGCCAUUGUACGCGGAGCAGAGGUUGAACAAGGUGCUCAUCGUGGAAGAGAUGAAGCUUGGAGUGGUGCUGAGGGGCUACGACGAUGAGGUAGUGAAGGCGGAGGAGGUGGAGGCGAAGGUCAGGUGGGUCAUGGAAUCCGGGGGAGGAAGGGCCCUUCGGGAGCGAGCCACGGCGGAGAAGCGCAGUGCGGUCAAAGCUUUGAGCGAAGGAGGCUCAUCUCGUGCUGCUUUUGUUGAAUUCCUGAAUAGUUUGUAA